AAAUAACAUAAAGAUAUAUAUAUAUAUAGAGAAUAUAUAGAAUAAACUGGACAAUUGGAAAACAUAAACAUUCAAGCAACGGGGAAUCGAAGUGCCAUAGUGAAACGCUAGUGUAUGUUCGAUCUGUUUAGUCAAUAUAUAAAAACAUACGACAUAUCGCCAAUUAAAUAGAUAUAUAUAUAUAUAUUAAUAUAUAUAUAGAAAGAGAGAGAGAGAGAAAUAGCAGAGAUAGUAGAGAUAGUACCACCGAGGAGGAAGCCACAGAGAUAGCAUCGACAAUAUGACAAUAUCGGGCGGCAAUCAACAUAAUAACAAUGCAAAUCGCAAAUAUGAAAAACUCAUUAAGCAGCCGCAGCAGAUGCAAUUUGGAACGUCCGUGACCGGAACCCAAACGGAUGUGAAUUCUGGCCGAGAUGCUGAUGCGAAUGAUGCUACCGAUGAUGCCGCCUUUGUCCAGGACUUUAACAAUUUCAAUAAGCAUUUCGGCAAUGGCCAUCAUGCCAUCAUCACAGAUCGCACAAUGCUGCUUUCGCCAUUGGAGGACGAUGUCACCACCAAUACCGCCGGCAUUGUCACGUACAAGGGUAAAUCGAAUGGAAAUGGAAAUGGUCAUGGGCAUGGGCAUGGGAGUAUCAGCCUGGAUUUCAACAGCAGCAGCAGCAGCAGUCCUACCUCAUCAACGUCAAUUGGCGGCAGUGGAACAACAACUCACCUGAAAGGCAGCGGACUCGGUGGCGGCCACUCGGAGCCAGGCGGUUGGAUGUGCCAUUGUUGUAAUUUAAUUGCACGUCGCUGCUUUGGCUUCAACGUUCGACGUUGUGUCCUGGCGCUUUUGGCCAUUACGGUGGUUAGCAUUUUCUACUACACGCAUUAUGUCGAUACGGGCGUGUUUAAUGGACUCAUCCAACGCGACACUCAUCCCGCUCCCAUCAUCAACUGCCGCAUGAUCAAUGCGGGUGGCAAGCACGUCCGAGAUGCCUCACCAGCGCCCGACCAUCGUUCAGAGGCUCGAUUACGCAUCGAUCCCAAGGUUCUCGUUUUUGUGGAAACCACAUAUUCCGGCUUGGGCAGGGACAUAGCCGAGCUGCUAGUCUACAAUCGGAUCAAAUACAAAAUCGAAGUGGCCGGCAAGAGUCUUCCCGUUCUCACCAAUCUGGACAAGGGCCGUUAUGGCGUCAUUGUGUUUGAGAAUCUGGACAAGUACCUCAACAUGGACAAGUGGAAUCGGGAGCUGUUGGACAAAUAUUGUCGGGAGUACUCCGUGGGUAUUGUGGGCUUCGUGAGUCCCAGUGAGGAGACACUAGUGGGUGCCCAGCUUCGGGACUUCCCAUUGUUUGUAAACACAAAUCUGAGGUUAAGAGAUGCCAGCUUGAAUCCAGCUUCAUCGGUGCUGCGAUUAACACGAGCAGGGGAAACCGCAUGGGGAGCCUUGCCCGGAGAUGAUUGGGCGGUUUUCCAGCAUAAUCACAGUACCUACGAGCCAGUGGAGUGGGCCCAGAGAAACACCCAGGAGUAUCCAGCGGAUAGUGUGGGUCAAGUGCAGCUGCCUCUGUCCACUGUUCUUCAAGAUCGGGGCCACUUGGAUGGGAUACAGAGAGUGCUCUUCGGGAGCAGUUUGCGCUUUUGGCUGCAUCGUUUGGUCUUCCUGGAUGCCCUGAGCUAUCUAAGUCAUGGCCAACUUAGUCUGAAUCUAGAGCGUAUGAUUCUGGUGGAUAUCGAUGAUAUAUUCGUGGGAGAGAAGGGCACUAGGCUGAGGCCAGAUGAUGUGAGAGCUCUGAUAGCCACGCAAAAGAAUAUAGCUGCCAUGGUACCUGGUUUCCGGUUCAAUUUGGGCUUCUCGGGGAAGUACUAUCAUCAUGGAACGAGGGAGGAAAACCUCGGAGAUGAUUUCCUGCUGCAGAAUGUCCAAGAGUUUAACUGGUUCUCGCACAUGUGGAAGCACCAGCAGCCCCAUCUGUAUGAUAACCUAACCCUCCUGAUGGCAGAAAUGCACUUAAACUACGCCUUUGCCGUGGAUCAUAAUAUACCCACGGAUUCGGGUUACUCCAUAUCACCGCAUCACUCGGGCGUUUAUCCAGCCCAUGAAUUACUAUACUUAGCCUGGAAGAAGGUGUGGAAUGUGAAGGUUACAUCCACGGAGGAGUAUCCUCAUCUGAGGCCAGCUAGGUUAAGGAGAGGAUUCAUCCACCGCAAUAUCAUGGUGUUGCCCAGGCAGACAUGCGGUCUCUUCACCCAUACCAUGUAUAUUGAUCGGUAUCCCGGGGGAAGGGAUAAACUAGAUGAAUCUAUACAGGGAGGAGAACUCUUCCAGACCAUAGUGUAUAAUCCCAUUAAUAUCUUCAUGACCCACAUGUCCAACUAUGGAUCAGAUCGUCUGGCUCUGUACACAUUCCAAUCGGUGAUCAAGUUCCUGCAGUGCUGGACCAAUCUCAAGUUGGCCUCAGCUCCGCCAGUUCAGCUGGCCGAGAUGUACUUCCGUUUGCAUCCAGAGGAGGUGGAUCCCGUCUGGGGUAAUCCCUGUGAUGAUGUGCGGCACAAGAAGAUCUGGUCGAAGACCAAAAACUGCGAUUCACUGCCCAAGUUCUUGGUGAUUGGUCCACAGAAAACGGGCACCACUGCUCUGUACACAUUCCUAUCCAUGCACGGCAGCAUAGCGAGUAACAUAGCCAGUCCGGAGACCUUCGAGGAGGUGCAGUUCUUCAAUGGGAAUAACUACUAUCGAGGGUUGGAUUGGUACAUGGACUUCUUCCCCUCGGAAACGCUGCCCAAUACAAGUUCUCCGAUGCCCACGCAGCUGGGAUCGCCCAGGUAUAUGUUCGAGAAGAGUGCUACCUAUUUCGAUGGCGAGGCUGUGCCGAAGAGAACUCAUGCUCUGCUGCCGCAUGCCAAGAUCGUUACGAUCCUGAUAUCACCGGCUAAGAGGGCCUACUCCUGGUACCAGCAUCAACGUUCCCACGGCGAUGUUAUAGCCAAUAACUAUAGUUUCUAUCAGGUCAUAACGGCAAGCGAUUCAGCACCGAGGGCACUGAAGGAUCUGCGGAACCGCUGCCUAAAUCCAGGCAAGUACGCCCAACACUUGGAACACUGGCUGGCCUACUAUCCCGCCCAGCAGUUGCACAUCAUCGAUGGCGAACAGUUGCGACUGAAUCCCAUCGAUGUGAUGAACGAGCUGCAGCGCUUCCUGAAAAUCCAGCCGUUGCUCGAUUAUUCAAAUCACCUGCGAUACGAUGUGAAGAAGGGUUUCUACUGCCAGGCCAUCAGCGAGAAGCGCAAUAAAUGCCUCGGAAAGUCCAAGGGACGUCAGUAUCCGACGAUGGAUGAGCGCAGUGCCAAGCUGUUGCAGCGAUACUAUCUGAAUCACAAUACGGCGCUGGUGAAGUUGCUCAAAAAGCUCGGCUCGCGGCCAAUACCGCAAUGGCUCAAAGACGACCUGUCCACGGGAACGUGAUAGCAGCUGUUUGUUGGCGGGGGAGGAGGACGAGGAGGAGGAGGAGGUGGCAGCAGCAGCAGCAGCAGCAGCGGCGGCAUAGGAGGCAUUAAGUAUCGCAAAUUGCGGGCAAAACUCAGGAAACAGUUGCAUUGGCUGCAUUUGGCGGCCGAAAAUGUGGAAAACGCUCAGCGACGACGACGUCACAACUGACAGAAUGAAAAUUUGGCGGAAAUUCAAUGGAAAACCCAUCAAACGUGUUUUGUUUUUCACUCUCGGCAGGCUUUUGCAAAUGCAAAAUUUGACAUAAAUUAAAUCGUUUAAGGUUAAAGUUUAUAGAAGUUUAAAGACUUUUUUGACAAGUUUGAGUUUGAAAGUUAAAGUAAUUUCAAAUUUUAUAUCUAAACUGAUAAAUGUAAACUACUUAAGGCCAUAUUGUUUUAAAAACUUUAAGUUGAUGUAAAAAUAUUUCAAAAUUACG